UAAAUCAUAAUGAGUAAUGUUUAAUGGUGAUGUCGUCCAAUUAGUUGAUUUAUUAUUAAUUUAUAUUAUAAUUUGCCGAUAAGCAGUCGUGUUCCUGAUUGCGUUCAAGAUGCGCGUAUAUAACAUGCUCAUUUCUUUAUUCCUAAUAUUCGAAGCAACGGUUCAACUGCCUCAAAAUGGCGGACCAACAAAAGAAGUGUCAGUCGCAACGGAGAAUAGUAACGCAACAAUGCUGGCGCCUAUGAAUUGUCAGACGGGCGGCAAUAUCAGCGGUAUUUGCGUUACCAGAGCAAAUUGCAAUUACGGUCCUGGUGUGGUAGACUUCACGCUGUAUAACCCUCACUGGUAUAAAAGGUCAUGUAGAGUGGAUCAAGCCUGCUGCCCUUUUAAAUAUCUCAUCGUGGAAACACAAUCAAGUGAUGAUGUUGUGAAUAAUUUUGAUUUUGAUGAUGACGAUUAAUUAAAUAUUGAAAUUAAAUAUUAGUUUAUUUCGAAACAA